AAGAAAAAGAAAAGCUAUGGAUCAGAGGAUUAUAGAGGCUGCACAAACAGGAGAUAUUAAUCUCUUGUAUGAGUUAAUUGCGAAUGAUCCAUAUGUUUUACAGCGUAUUGAUGAUGUGCCUUUUUUUCAUACUCCAUUGCAUGUAGCAGCCUCUGCUGGGAAUAUUGAGUUUAUGAUGGAGAUUAUCAAAUUAAAGCCAUCGUUUGCAAGAAAGCUAAACCAAGGUGGGUUUAGCCCCCUUCACUUAGCUCUGCAAAAUGACAAAAUUCAAGCAGUACAUCGACUUCUCAGGUUUGAUAAAGGCCUUGUUCGUGUCAAAGGGAGGGAGGACCUUACUCCUCUGCACCAUGUGGUUCAAACUGGAAAUGUUGAUCUUUUGAUCAAGUUACUUAAGGUUUGUCCUGAGGCUAUUGAAGAUGUGACUGUUAGGGAUGAGACGGUAUUCCACCUUGCAGUGAAAAACGACAUGUUUGAAGCUUUCCAAGUCAUGGUGGGGUGGCUUACAAGAAGCUACCAUGAGUCUGCCGACCGUUGGGAGGAAAAACUACUGAGUUGGGCAGACAUUGAUGGCAACACAGUGCUACACAUUGCAGCUAUCAGAAACAGACCUCGGAUGGUAGAAGUAUUGCUGGAACACAUGCGCCGAGACCAAAUCAAUGCCAAAAAUUUGGAGGGAUUGACAGCACUAGAUAUCCAAUCACAAUAUCCAUGGAAUGAAAGGCAAGCAGAUACGAUUAUAGGUAUGCUAAGCAAAGCAGGAGGUUUGAGUGGUUCCUUGCUUCCCAACAACUCUAUCUCUUCAACCGACAUCAAAUCAUUAAAAUCCAAGAUGUCUCGUUUUCAAAAAUUUGUAAAAAAAGCAGGUCGUACAAAGGGUAUGUCACAUGAGACGCGUAACACAUUUCUAGUAGUAACAGUGCUAAUUAUAACAAGCACUUACGAGGCCUGUUUAAACCCUCCGAAGAUGCCCGAUGACAGUCCAUGUCCAUCCCUGAAAUACCAAGUCUCUUUAAGUCAAGAUCAGCCUCUCAAUUCCCACACUUUUUUGCAUAAAACCGACAUGAAUACUGCACCCAUGCCCAGUCCCUCCGCAAUGGACGUUUCCGAAAAAGUUGAUUUGGUAUCUGAAUCCUCCUCAUUUUGGUUUUUCAACAGUUGCACCUUUUGCCUAGCAAUGUUUUUAAUAACAUUUCUCCUACUACCUCAUCCAUUCUCUGUGCUCAUUCUCAUGACACUUUACCUCUUUGGGUUUUCUUACUUUAGUUUAUUUCAUGUUUCCUCAUGGUCAUUCAGUCAGUUAUACGAGAUUAGCUAUGAAACGGCACUCGGAGAUUAUAGGUCGGCCAACUCUGUUAAUAAUUUCUUCGCAUUUGUGAUAAAUUUGAUUGUACCAUGCCAGGUGCUCCUUUAUUUCGCCAGGGACAUUAUGUCUGGAUAUACUUUUGUGUAAGCCUAAUCGUCUCCUGAAAGUAGUGAUGAGAGUGGAGGAAGGUCUAUUUUGUGAUAUAUGUCGUAAUGAUAAAAGAAGUGUGAAUUUGUUUGUGAAGUAGUGGUUCAAAGAGGAACAUAACCGGCUCUGCUUUUAUUGUAUACAUGGGAAUGUGUUACUUAUGUAACAAAUGAUUGACUAUUGAGUAGAUGUUUAGAUGUUAAUUUUGUCAUA